AUGUCCAACUCUGUUUCCAACAUGAUGUCUGGUGACUCCAGACGCGUCACUUACCUGCUGCCCCUACAGCAAGGCCAGUUACCAUUCAACUUUGCAAAGGGGACCGUGAAGGAGGUGAUAGGCAACGCCGUUGGAUCCGACUCCAUGGCUCGCGACGGCAAGAAGGAGCACACCGAUGGUGAAGCUGAGACCACCGCCACCAAAGUCCAAGGAUACGCCAAAGCGACUGCCGACUGCGUGAUCAGAUACGGUCAGUUCGUUGUAGGUUUGGUGACCGGCAACACCAGCGACAAGAUGGCUGACCGAGAAGGCCAGGGCAGAGUAAGAGAUGAACAAGUAGACGUGGUGCUUUGA